AUGAAACUCCACCGGCCGUUGCACGUCUGCGCGUACCUGUUCGGCGUAUUUCCGAUGGAUUGGACCCCCGGCCCGCCGCCCCGACAGCUUCGCAUCCACUGGCCCGGCGUGGUGCUCAAGGCGUUCCACACAGCGCUUUACUGGCUGGUGUCGCUAAUCGUCGCCGUGGUGUCCAUCCGGAACCUGGACAACUACCGGAAACUGGCCAAGAAGUUGAUGGCCACCCGGGUGCUGGACAUUGACGAGCUGUUCGUGUACAUGAUGUUCGCUGGGAUCGCGGCCACCGCCGUGUGCCAGGCCCACAUGCUGUGGCCGUCCGUCCUCCGCGUCACCAACGAAUGCUUCUUCGAUCUGUGCCGGCUGGACCACGUCACCGGUUUCUGGCAGCACUUCUCCGCGUACGCCAUCGUCCUAUUCGUUGCUUACGAAUUCGCCAUGUAUUUCGUGUUAAUCACGUACAAGUUCACGUUCAGUUCGGCCAAACUGAUCUGUCUGUUUCCGCCGCUGUCGAACAUCACGUGCGUCGUCGUCGAGCAGUUUUUCUACCUGAUGUGCGUGUCGCUGCACCUCCGGCUCCGGGCGCUGCACGACGACAUCGAGACGCUCGUGCACAAGGCCGAGCACCCGCGGUGGAGGUGCCUGGCAUCGGUGGCCGCGGGCGGCGGCGGGCCCGCGGCGGCGGCCGGCCGGCUGGGGAUACCCGCGUUCAGCGCGGCCGACAUACGCGACCUGCGGGCCGUGCACCGCGCGUGCAUGGAACUGUUCGCCCGCAUCAACCGCCUGUUCCAGUUGCCGCUGUCGCUGUGCAUGUUCGACUGCGUGUUCCGCAUCGUCGUCUACAUGUACGGCAUUGCGUUUGACGUGACCAUCGUCAUAUGGGAGAAGAAGAAACACGUGAACUACUCAAACACCGCCAUGUGGUCGGGUUACUGCGUCGUCCGGAUCAUCCGGCUCUGGUACCUGUACCUGUGCGAACAUUACGUGACCAAAAAGAUUAUACCAAUACGUUUGUCACUUAGCUGGCUUUCGUUGAUUUUGAAUCCCGUUACAAGCCGGAGACUGAUGCCCGAGAUUAUUCUAUUUCAACAUCAACUUGAUACGAUUAAGUCCAAGUUUGAACUAUUUGGUAUUUUAAACAUCAAUAUGUCAUUAUUUUAUGCCGGAUUUGGUACUACGUUAGCGUAUUUAGCGCUUUUACUACAGUUCUUUGCAUUUAAUCAGAUUUCAAUGACAACCAUUUCCACAAACAAUGCAACAUACACAAAAGAAUAAUUUAUUAUUAUUGAGUUGCGGCAAUAUACGA